AUGGCGUCCCUCGAUAUUCAUUUUGCACCAAUCUUCUUCUUCAUCCUUCUCUCAGUUACCAACAAUUAUACACCCUGCGAAGCACAGUUAUCCUCCACAUUCUAUGAUGGUACAUGUCCUAAUGCAUUACGUACAAUCAGAACCUCCAUUCGGACUGCAAUAUCCCGCGAACGUCGCAUGGCAGCUUCCCUCCUCCGUCUCCACUUCCACGACUGUUUCGUUCAGGGUUGUGAUGCAUCAAUCUUGCUAGAAGACGCUCCUUCGAUCAUAAGCGAAAGAAAUGCGUUGCCUAAUAAGGGUUCUGUACGAGGUUAUGAAGUCAUAGAGGCUGCAAAAUCCGAGGUUGAGAAACUAUGUCCUGGUGUUGUUUCUUGUGCAGAUAUACUCACGGUGGCUGCUCGUGAUGCAUCAGAAAUGGUGGGUGGUCCCUCGUGGUCUGUGAAGCUUGGAAGAAGAGAUUCAACCACUGCUAGCCUUGCUCUUGCAGAAACCAGUCUUCCUAGUUUUAAAGCUUCCCUUGAUUCGCUUAUUAAAACGUUCGACGAUAAUGGACUUAGUGCCAGGGACAUGGUUGCAUUGUCAGGAGCUCAUACUAUUGGACAAGCUCAAUGUUUCUUGUUUCGUGACCGGAUAUACAGCAACGGAUCAGACAUCGAUGCUGGUUUUGCUAGCACCCGCAGACGUGGCUGCCCGAUAAACGAGGGAAAUGGAAAUCUGGCACCACUAGAUUUGGUGACACCCAAUUCGUUUGACUACAACUACUUCAAGAACUUGAUUCAGAAGAAGGGUCUUCUUGAAUCAGAUCAAGUGCUUUUUAGUGGUGGAUCCACAGACAGCAUUGUCUCUGAAUAUAGUAACAAUCCUUCCAAGUUUAAGUCGGAUUUUGCAGCAGCGAUGGUGAAGAUGGGGGAUAUCAGGCCAUUGAUGGGUGAAGAAGGUGUAAUACGAAGGAUUUGUGGUGCUCUUCCCUAGCUGACUGCCUGCUACGUACUACUCAUGUUCUGAAUUGAUUUGCAUGAGUUCCUGUUCUUCUUUGAAAACUACACUUGUAAUCAUGUCUUAAUUCAUUCAUACAUUUUAUUCUUUUAAUGUAUACAAAAAUAU